UACUAUAGUGUGAAUGGUCCUAAAUCCUAAUGCAACAAGAGUGGCAGUGAGAAAGGAAACGGAAAAGGGAAAUAAAUAAUUGCAGAGAGCGAUGGCGUUGAUGGGGGAGAAAUGCAGAGUGUGUGUAACAGGAGCAGGUGGCUACGUCGCUACGUCGCUAGUUAAGCUUCUCCUUUCUAAAGACUACACCGUUCAUGGCACCGUUAGAAACCCUUCUGAUGACAAGUAUGCUCAUUUGAAGAACCUUGACAAAGCUGCUGAGAACCUAAAACUCUUCAAGGCAGACUUGCUAGAUUACAACUCGCUUGCUGCAGCCAUCAAAGGAUGCAAUGGAGUAUUUCACGUUGCUAGUCCCGUCCCUUCAAGCUCUGUACCAAAUCCCGAGGUAGAACUAGUUGAGCCUGCAGUAAAAGGCACACUUAAUGUUCUGAAGGCAUGCUCUGAAGCAAACAUCAAGAGAGUUGUGUUUGUAUCUUCUGUUGCUGCUGCUGCCUUGAACCCCAACUGGCCGAAGGGCCAAGUGAAAGACGAGACCUGUUGGUCGGACAGUGAAUACUGCAAAGCAACUAAUAACUGGUACUGUUUUUCUAAGACGAUGGCUGAGAAAGAAGCUUGGUCAUAUGCAAAACAAACUGGACUUGAUAUGAUAACUGUGCUUCCAACACUUGUUUUGGGGCCAAUGUUGCAGAGGACUACAAAUGCCAGUAGUUUGGUUCUCAUUAAGCUGCUGAAAGAAGGAUAUGAAGAGCUGGAAAACAAGAGCCGAUUUAUAAUAGAUGUACGUGAUUUAGCUGAAGCUCUGGUGCUGGUAUAUGAGAGACCUGAAGCUGAAGGUAGAUACAUAUGCACGGCUCAUAAAGUGAAAUCACAGGAUUUGGUUGACAUGCUGAAGAGACACUACCCCAACUACAACUAUCCUAAAUGCUUUACUGAUUUGAUGGAGGAAGGAAGUUAUAGUUCAGAGAAACUGCAGAAGUUGGGUUGGCAAUAUAGGCCACUGGAGGAAACUCUAAUUGAUUCAGUUGAAAGUUACAAACAAGGGGGCUUUCUGGAAUGAAGAAGAGAACAUCUCAAGAUCACUUUUUGCUUAUUGUAAUAGCUUGUGGUUGUUACUCUGCAUUUUUGAUACAGCAUAAUAAAAUAAUACAUAGAUUCCUGCAUAGCACAUACAAGUAUUAUUUAAUUAUGUGGGCAACAAAAAUGACAGUCAAACCAUGUUUUGUGUAAUGCUGAAUUUUAUGUUAAGUAUGAAAGAUUCAACGGAAAA